AUGCCAUCAUGGUCUGCGGCAAUGAUGUUUGGAUUCCAGCAGGCGAUGCUGUGCCUGUCAGGACUGCUCGUCUAUCCAUUUCUUGUCUCCGAAGCCGCCUGCGCCGGUGACGCCACUGUGCCGCUGCGAGUGCAGUUAAUAGCAGCAACCUUUGUAAGCUGUGGCAUUGCCACUAUAAUCCAGACUACGUUCGGAUUACGGUUAUGUGUUUUACAUGGUCCAGCGAUGGCAUUCCUUCCUCCAUUAUUAGCCUAUAAGGCACUCAGAGCAAGCGAAUGCCCAUAUACUGAGAAUGACCGUGUAAAUGACGAACUUUGGCAUGAGCGACUUCAGGAGGUAGAGAUUAUCAAGAAGCAUGUUCCGUUAAAAUUUGCACCUAGCUUUCCAGAUAUCUGGAAGUUUAUGCAUUGCGUGCAUUACGUUUCUUGUGGUUGGCGGUUCGGGAUUGGCCGGUGCGCUCGCGAAGCUGAUUGGACCAAUAACCAUUGUGCCCUUGAUGAUUCUGCUAACUACCAGUAUUGUGCCGACUAUCGAAAGCAAGCUAUCUCUCCAUUGGAUCUCACUAGUGAAUCGCAGAGUUGGGUACAAGUUUUUUUCCCCGAUAUUCUAAUUGAAGCUAUUCUUUACAGUAUGCUCGCCAGUAUCGCGGCGAUGGCGGUAUACCUGGAAGAUGUUCUUAUACCAGUUCCUUACUAUUCAUUCAAGAAGAUGCGAGUCAUUACAACCAGAGUUCGACUUUUUGGACAGUUUCCGUACCUACUCAGCAUCUUAUUGGUAUGGUUCGUUUGUUAUCUGAUGACAAUCACGAACUUCGAACCUGUUGGUGGUCAGGCUCGAACCGAUAAGAACGUAACAAUGGUCGUUCUUCGGGAGUCACCAUGGUUUCAGGUGCCUUUUCCUGGUCAAUUUGGUAUGCCAAAAUGGAGCAUGGGAUUAUGUUUGGGAUAUGUGGCAUCAUGUAUGGCUAGCGUCAUCGAAAAUAUCGGCGCCUAUGAUCUUUUGGCUCGAGUCUCACAGCAAAGAUCGCCUCCGAAGAACGCUGUCAACCGUGCCAUCAUGGUUGAAGGUCUCGCCAGUAUGUUUGCGGCAGUAAUGGGUGUGUGUACAGGUGUCACUACAUAUGCGGAAAACAUCGCUCUGAUUCAUAUCACCAAGGUGGCCAGCCGAACGACCAUGCAAAUCGCCGGUGUUAUUUUGAUUCUCCUAGGUCUAUUCACCAAGAUGGCCGCCUUGUUAGCUUCGAUCCCAGACGCAUUAGUCGGCGGUGUUCUCAUGAUGGGAAUAUCCAUGAUUGCUGGUGUGGCAAUGAGCAAUCUACAGGUAUUAACUCCUUUCAAUUUCUCUCAAUAUUUUUGA